AUGCAUGUCAUUUGCAUAAAAAUAAUUGUUUUGUGUUCUCUUAAGUUUAGUGAAAGUUCCAAAGAGCAUCUUAAACCAUCUAAACAAACACACCUUCAUAAGACAAGAAAGCAGUUUGCAAAAUUUGGACAAGCUUCUGCAAAUCCACACGGUAACCAUCGUCAUCAUGGAUCCCCAAGAUACCUCCACAAUCUCCUCUUCCCUCACCGCCCACAUGGUCCAUCACCCAGACGUGCUCCAACAUCUAAGAAUGUUAUCAACCCCAGUUCUCAAGUUCCACUAGCCACUUCUAGUGCUCCCCCAACAGCGAACACCGAGGCUUCCGCCGCCUCUACCAGCAAACUUAUAGGCUUUGCACCCAGCACCACAGCUCCCAGCACCCUCCAACCCAAGGCCACCACAUAUGCUGCAGCAGCUGGUACUGCCCCUUCCCCUGAUGCCAGCACUGCCCCUGCCCCUGAUGCCGGCACUGCCCCUGCCCCUGAUGCCGGCACUGCCCCUCCCCCUGAUGCUGGCACUGCCCCUCCCCCUGAUGCUGGCACUGCCCCUGCCCCUGAUGUCAGCACUGCCCCCGCCCCUGAUGCCCGCACUGCCCCCGCCCCUGAUGCCGGCACUGCCCCUCACCCUGAUGCCGGCACUGCCCCUGCCCCUGAUGCUGGCACUGGCCCUCCCCCUGAUGCUGGCACUGCCCCUGCCCCUGAUGUCAGCACUGCCCCUGCCCCUGAUGCCGGCACUGCCCCUGCCCCUGAUGCUGGCACUGGCCCUCCCCCUGAUGCUGGCACUGCCCCUGCCCCUGAUGUCAGCACUGCCCCUGCCCCUGAUGCCGGCUCUACCCUUCCCCCUGAUGCCCGCACUGCCCCUCCCCCUGAUGCCCGCACUGCCCCCGCCCCUGAUGCUGGCACUGUCCCUCCCCCUGAUGCUGACAACCAGCAAAAACAGAUUCCAUAA